AUCAUGGGCAGGCCUGGGGCCCUGCUAGCUGCGCUCUGGGCACUCGUGGCCACCGGAGCUGCCACAUUACGCAUCGGUGCCUUCAACAUCCAGAGCUUUGGCGACAGCAAAGUGUCUGACUCGGACUGUGGAGGUGUCAUCGCUCAGAUCCUGGCUGGGUAUGAUGUUAUGCUGGUGCAGGAGGUGCGAGACCCAGACCUGAGCGCGGUGUCUGCGCUCAUGGAGCAGAUCAACAGCAUGUCCAAACACGAGUACAGCUUUGUGAGCAGCGAGCCUCUGGGUCGAGACCAGUACAAGGAAAUGUACCUGUUCGUUUACAGGAAAGACAAAGUGUCGGUCAUGGAUACGUACCAGUACCCAGACCCCGAGGACGCCUUCAGCCGUGAACCUUUCGUGGUCAAGUUUUCAGCCCUAGGCUUAGGUGAGGCCGGCCCCCCACCCCGCGCCCACCCCCGCCCAUCGGCUCCACCCCUGACCCCACCCCUGUCAGCAGCCGCCAAGGAGCUGGUGAUGAUUCCGCUGCACGCAGCCCCGCGCCACGCCGUGGCAGAGAUAGAUGCACUCUACGAUGUAUACCUGGACGUGAUCGACAAGUGGGGCAUUGACGACAUGUUGUUCCUGGGAGACUUCAACGCUGACUGCAGCUAUGUGCGGGCGCAGGACUGGGCUGCCAUCCGCCUGCGCAGCAGCCAGGUUUUUAAGUGGCUUAUCCCAGACAGUGCCGACACCACGGUGGGCAACUCCGACUGCGCCUAUGACCGCAUCGUGGUGUGUGGUGCCCGCCUGCGCAGAAGCCUGAAGCCCCAGUCGGCUAAGGUGUACGAUUUCCAGGAGGACUUCAGUCUGAGCCAGACUCAGGCUCUCGCCAUCAGUGACCACUUUCCUGUGGAGGUGACCCUUAAGUCACAUUAACAGUCUUGAGGCCCGGCCAGGGCGCACCAGCCACACUGUGGAAUGGCCCCACAGUGGCUCCUUCAGGGUGGCAGCUACCUCCCAGUGAGGCCAUAGGGCAGGGUCUGCUGGGCGUGGACAAGUAGCCAUCCACACAUCAUGGGACCACUCAGAACUUGGUUCACUAUCUGUGAGACUUGCUACCACUGUCUACCACAGGGUUGUUGUGAAGAGUCCGUAUGAAGGUUAUUGGCUGCAGUGCUGAGCACAUGUCUGUGCUCAAUAAAUGAGCACAGAUCAGCCAGGACCACAUAUAGGUUGCUUCCAAGGUCUCUGUGUCUUCUCUAAGGAUUCGGCUCCUGUGGGGCAUGAGGCUUAGUCCUUGGUCCAAGGUCAGGGAACAGGAAAGUCUGGCCUGCCCUUUCAUGUCCUGGUGGGAAUUAGCCCCCUCUGGGGAGCCACUGCUUGCAAGAACUUAUAUUGUGAGUACAGCUUGGACAGUUACAGCGCCAGUGCUUCCUUCCGCCAACUUCCUGGGCCCUGGUGGAUUUCAGAGCUGGUGUCCCCAGGCUCACCUUCAGGCCUUAUUCCUGGGUCCUGCAGAGAGCCUUACUUGUCUGUACCCUGGGCCCUGUCUCACCCAGUACUGUGUGGAGGUCAGGGAAGCUGGCCCUUUGCCCCAGCUGGUCAGUUCAGAAAGCUCUUCUCAGCCCAGGAAGGUGGCUGGAGACUAUGUGCUUCUCAAAUUGCACACCAUGCCAUGGCACAGCCCUUCAAGGAUACCUUCCUGUGUAGUUUCAUGUUCAGGAGCCUUGGGGUGGGUAAGGGCUAGUCAGAGUGAUUUCUGUAACCUGGCUGAGCCAUCACAUUAGGGGUCACCAGGCCAAUGACAGGCACCCAAUAGAGUGGUUUCUGUUUUUUUCUUUUUUUUUUGAGAUGAGUCUCACUGUUGCCCAAGCUGUGGCAUCAUCAUAGUUCACAGCAACCUCAAACCACUGGGCUCCAGUGAUCCUCCUGCCUCAGCCUCCCAAGUAGCUGGGACUACAGGUGCCUGCCAUGACACACAGCUGAUUUUUUUCUAUUUUUAGUAGAGAUGGAGUCUCUCUCUUGCUCAGGCCUGGUCUUAAGCCCAAACCCAUUUUUAGAGAUCAUUCCCAAGCUUUUUUAAUUUUUUUUCUUGAGUUUCAAGCUGUAGCCCUGGGUAGAGUGUUGUGGCGUCACAGAUCACAGCAACCUCCAACUUCCUGAGCUUAAGGGAUGCUCCCACCCUUGGCCUUACAGAGCGCUGAGAUUACAGGCAUGAGCCACUACACCUAGUUCAGUUUCUGGUUUUUGAAACACCUGCAUAAUCUGGGAACUGGCCUGAGUUAUAGGAGAGGAAAAAUCUUUGUUUCAAGGAUCUGGACAAGUUUGCUAAAAUAGAACUUAGGAAUAUCCC